AUGUUGCUGCCUAAAAUCAUUUUUAUUCCUUUCUUUCUGCGACUGGUCUUGCCUAAUCCUGACACAAUAAUUAAACAGUUGACCACGGAACUAAAUAUAAAAACCCAGAUUUACUUCAGUUUAACAGUGGAAACUCUUGAAAAACAGAGUUUAGAUACCUAUAAACCUAAAUUAUUGAUUUAUAAAAACAUUAGUGAAGAGUUUAAAACGCAUCACGACGAACCAGUUCUUGUUAUAAUACAUCUUGAGAUGGAUUUGGACUUUAAUCUGGAAACAGUAGAGGUGUUGAGAUCCUACCUCAGAGAUAGGCAGUACAACGAUAUAGUGCUUAUAGAUGGAGAUACAGAAAAUGUGAAAAGUUAUAUGGAAAUAUGUAAAGCUUACUGGGAUGCCGGCUUUCCUUAUGUGUUUAUUUUUAAUUUGCUGAAACAACUUUGGACCAUGGAACCCUAUCCUUAUCUUAAGGUAAAGUCUACAAAUUUAAAGGAGUAUGUGAGGAAUAGAAAUAACAAAAAUUUAAUGGGUUAUCCCCUGCGAGUGUUAUUGACUAAUGACCCACCUCAUUGCUUUGUGGAUGAAGAUGAGCUACCCAACUCCCCGAAUCGCUAUAAAGGAAGUAUAAUUACUGUAUUGAAAAUAUUCGCCGAUCAACUGAAUGCGACUUUUCAGGCGGUGCUUUUCCCAGGACUUCGUCGCUAUACCACGGCAGAAUGUGUGCAGAUGGUCAGGGAUAACGAAACCGAUGCCUGCGGCAGUAUCUUUAUAAGGACCUACAAGUACGCCACCAGUCAGCCCGUUCGCUUAAAUCGUGUGGCCAUAAUGGCGCCCUUUGGCAACCCCAUCGAUAAGUUCUACUACUUCUUCAGACCCUUUGACUCGCACGUUUGGAUCGCAACUGGCCUAAUAGUGGUCUACAUAGCGGCAAUGGGUUCCUUGCUCCAUCGCUGGCACUUCGGCGAAUGGGAUGUGGGUCAGUACCUCCUGCUGGCCAUCGAAACCCUGCUGAACCGGGAACUAUCUUUGCCGCAGUCUUUGAGGGGCUCCAAAUUGAUGCCACUGCUCCUGCUCUUUGUCGUUGGCUUCAUUUUGUCCAAUUUGUAUGUGGCUCUGCUCUCCAUGAUGCUGACCACAAAACUUUACCAGAGGCCCAUUGAAAACUUGGCUGACUUGAAGGCGGCCAAUGUGAAUAUACUGCUGCAACGGCACAAUAUAGGACCGAAUUCGGUGUACGGAAGCUCAGAGGAACUGAGGGAGAGAUUCCUGCUGGUAGAUGAUGCCCUGUACAAGGAGAAGAGGGAUGCACUAGACACAAGCUACGCCUAUGUGGACUCGGAAGACAGAAUGGAUUUCUACCUAUAUCAGCAGAAAUUCCUGCGAAGGCGCAGGAUGAAGAAGCUGUUCAAUCCCGUGGGCUACACCUGGGCCGUCCAGGUCAUCAAACAAAACUGGGUGCUGGAGAGAUACUACAAUGAUCAUCUGCAAAGAUUGUUUGAGACAGGCCUGCAGAACAAGCUGGUGGACGAUGUCCACGAGUUGGCCGUAAGAGCCGGCUUCCUGCACUUCUUUCCCACCCAAACGGAAACUAUCGAGCCACUGCGACUCGAGGACAUUGUGAUGGCUGCCAUGGUUCUGGGCGGCGGACACGCCCUCGCCGGAAUCUGUUUCCUGGGCGAACUGCUAUCCUAA